AUGGACGCACUCGACGCGUACGAGGCCAAAGUCCGCCGGCGGCAGGAGCGCCGAUCGAGAGCCCUCGCGCGCACCGGCAAGAAGCGACAGGAGCAGCGGCGACGCGACGCCUCGGACGAGCGACAGGCAGAAGCCCGCGCGAACGAGGCCAUGGCCUUGGAGGACGCUGCGGCGGUCGCCUUCCAGUGCGCGCUGGACGCACAAGCCGAGCAAAGCGCUUACGACGCGGCCAUCGCAAGCUUUCGCGAGGCCGCACGGCUGCGAAAGCGCCUGCAGACGUAUCACCUCGACGCGCAUACGGAGAGCGCCACGUCGACGGCGAGUCGCAUUACGGAGCUGCAGCGGCGCGUCGUCGCUCAUGAUGCACGACUGGCGUCGGCUGCCGUCGCGCAGGCGCGUCUUGCUACGGUUGCGCAGCACCAUGCAGCCACGAGGACAGAGAUUGCACAUGUGUCGAGCGCCGCAUGGACCAAGAAGAUGGCGACGGCCCUGCGCGAGGCCAACUGCGACGCCUUGGAGCAUCUCAUUGCGCAUGGCGCCGAUCCGGACGCGGAAGCGCACGGCGUGACGCCGCUCAUCUGCGCGAUCGCGACCAACCACUUGCCCGUGGCGCGGGCCUUGCUCCAGCUCGGCGCCGACCCCGGCUUCGAGACGAGCGACGGCAAGACGGCGCUGCUUGUGGCCAUCGUCGCCGACGAUCUCGACGCACUAGCGCUAUUGCCGCCUACGUGCAUCCAUUACGAGACGAAAUGCGGAGCAACCGGCAUGCUCGUGGCCUGCGCGAAAGGGCGUGUCGCCGUCGUUCAGCGUCUUCUUGCGCAAUCGCCCGACCUGGUGAAUGCGACCAACGCGCUUGGCUUGACGCCGCUCAUGGUCGCCGCCAAACACAAUUUCUUGUCGCUGGUGCGCCUGCUGUUGACCCAUGGCGCGACGCCGGCGCUCCAAGCCCGGAAUGGCGACACGGCGGCGGCCCUGGCCCACGCCGCGGGGUUCCUGAAUGCUGCCGCCAUGUGUAGCGGAAGCUCUCUUCUGGAUUCCAAGCGCGAGGCGAAAGAUUUGGCGGCGACCGAGCGCGGGCUUGCACGUGCCUUGGACGCGGCGCCAGUACCCUCGAUUUUUGCGUACCUUGGAGCGCACAAGACAGCGAGUCCGGCCUACGAGUCGCCCGUCGGUGACAUGCUUUUGCACGUGUGCUGUGCGCGGGGAUCGAUCAGCGACGUCCGAGCUGCCCUUCCGCUCUGUCCGUGGUUUCUGCCCAACCGGUUUGGCCUCACCGGCGCCAUGAUUGCGGCACAGAAAGGCCGUCUCGACGUUCUGAACGAGCUCGUCGCGGCUGGCGCUGACCUUAACCAGCCCGAUUUCCUCGGCCACGACUGCUUCUAUCAUCUCCACACGCAUGGCCACGGUGCACUCGCUGCCGUUUUGGGCGCACAGAAAGCCCACACACGGCAGUGGUGGGCCCCGCCACCGACGACGUCGACUGUCUCGCUACCGCCGUCAUCCCCGCUGCGCCCAGUGCGAGUUCCGUCGCCGUCGAAGCCGAGGCGCGCACCAAGGAGCCUCUGCAACAGCUGCCAGCUCCUCUUUGCUCGCAAUCGCUGCACCACGUGCCAGUGCUGCUACUGCGAUAAGUGCUACGGUCGCGUGCACUUCCAAGCUGCAAACCGCCAUCACACGUGUAUCGAGAUGGCCCCGACGAAUGCACCGGAAGACCACGAGGCUUCGUGGAACGACCAUCUCGCUACGUGCCACAGCAUCUACGAAAGCGUGCUGAAGCUGCAGGGUGCCACGUCACGAACGGUUGCGGCACUCGUGAGCCCCAAGCGCGCUCGGCAGGUCGAGCUCGAGACCAUCGACGCGGUCGUCGCCAACCAAUCCAACCGCAAGCUGCACACGGCGCAGCUUCAACUGGCCAGUGUCUACCGACGCGAAGGCAAGCUCGAGGAGGCCAAGCAGCAGCUCGAGACGCUUCUCAAAAGCCUCUGCACCGACGUCGACGACGACGUGGCCUUUCUUGGACACGUGUACCUCGAACACGCGCGCGCACGCAACGAGACAGGGGCCGCCAUCCAGCGCUUCGACCAGGCGUUGGCGCUUCUCUGGACGCACGUGGCCAUGGACGACAGCCAUUUGUGCGCCGGCCUCAACGACUACCACCACUUCUUGGUCAUCGCACAGUCGGACUACGCGGCGUGCGUGAGCCUCGCCCACCAGACGCUGCAACGUCGCCUCGGCCGGCUGCCCGCAUCCCAUGCGCUCGUGCACCAGGCACGCGACCAGCUCGACGACGUGAUCGGAGCCCGCGAGCGCGCAGCGAUGCGACUGGAAGACACGGCGGCGUCGCGUCGGGACCGGCUUGCGCUCGCGCUGCGCUCGGACCCAGGGUUUCGCGCCUUUUGUGCCCUUCACGGCAAAGACGCCCACGUCGACUUGUGGCGCGCGAUCGAUGCACUGGACCCGACCGAGCGCCGUCGCGCCGUGGGACAUGCUCUCUACAGCCGAUUCCUGCAGACCAAAAAAGUGCGUUGUCUCCCGUCCAAAGUGCAACUUGGACUGCUGGCGCGGCUCGACCACUCGGUGGUCGCGGCCGACGGCAGUCGCAAGGACAAGCCGCUCGUGCGCGUGUUUGCCGCGACCAAGCGCAUUCUCUUCGAGUACCUCGACACGACAGCGUACGGCGCGUAUACAGCAACAACAACAACAAGGGCAACGACGCCGUAGCAUCUUCGUGUCUCCAUGCUUCG